UGUAAUUACAGAAACUGCGGGGAGUCUAAUUAUUAGCUGUUGUAUAUGUUUACGAAUAUAAAUUGACCUUAGAAAAAUUAAGCGAAUUGUAAAACGACAGCUUGAAACGUCCGGAGGACAGCGGCGAACAGAAGACUAGGUUUACAGGCUUAAUGAAGGGGUGACGUGUUAUUUCGGGUCCUUAGUCCUUCCUGCUCGUCGAAAGCUGUGUGAGUUACUCUCAGACCCAAAAAUGUCGAAAGUAACGUUUAAAAUCACCCUGACAUCGGACCCCCGGCUACCCUACAAAGUAUUAAGUGUGCCUGAUAGCACACCAUUCACAGCCGUGUUGAAAUUUGCAGCAGAAGAGUUUAAAGUGCCUGCCGCUACAAGUGCCAUUAUUACAAAUGAUGGCAUCGGAAUCAAUCCAGCCCAGACAGCAGGAAAUGUGUUUCUAAAACACGGCUCCGAGCUCCGCAUCAUACCACGGGACCGUGUGGGUACAGGACGUCCCCCCGUGGCCCUCUGACUGCCCUGGCCUUACCCUUCACCUUGGCUACACAACCGGCCUGUGUAUUUAUUGUCCUGCCCCAAGACACCAAGCCUUGCCUCCCGUACCAGCCACAGUGGCAGGUACUAAUAUCCAUCUCCAGGACCUGGGGCCAUGACCCAUAACCUCCUGCGUUGAUUCAUGGUUUCUGGGCACUUGGCUUUCAAUAAAUUUCAGUUCACCCACUAAUUCCAACGACCACCAGUCAUUGAUGUAGUGGUUUUAACUCUGGCUAUGUCACAUUGUUUCUUCAGUUGUGAAAUGCUAUAUAUACAGCAUGCUGUGUAAUUUUUAUACUAUAUUCUUUAUGUGAAAUGUACUGUGUCAGCAUUUUUUAACUGGUUAUGAGUUACCUCAUGUCUAGAGUUUGUGCCAUUAGCCAGUUUAAAGGAAAAUUUGAAACUUGCUUUGCAGUUCUUGAACAAGUGAUCCUCUUAUCACUUUAGAACUGAAUGAAUAUGGCCUCUGUCUUGCAGGAAUAACAUAUCUUUGAAAUAAAAGCCUUUCAGGAAAAGAGGAAACAAAAAUACAUAGGACUUACACUGUACUUCACAGAGAUUUGGCUUCACGAAAAUCGCCCAAAGUUUCCAGUGUCUUGAAGCUUCAUCCCCUAUUUCUUUGAAGCUCAACCACAUAUUGCUUAGAAGAAAUAAAAUAUAUUGGCCUAAAAUGAAGGUGGGAGGUUUCUCAGAGCCGUGACGCAUCAGCUCCCGCUGUUUUUAGGAUGGAUCUGCUCGGAUGGCUGGUUACUGUAGAUCGGAGGUCUAGCCGAUGCGAAUGCCACUGUGAUGGACUGAAUGCGUCUACUGCAACAAUGUUUCCGGUGGUACCACUUAUGGACGUUUGAGCUGUAUGACCAGUAUAGUAUGGAGAGCAAAUAAAAUUCUAUUUCACUAAUUCAUUCCCUUACUAUUAAAUCCAAAGCACAUACACA